AUGCCCUCCGGCCGUACCACUCUGCAGGGUAGAUCUCAUCCCAGUCUGACAGCGCUGAUCAGAGGCGAGAAGGGUACUGUCGAGCUCUAUGAGACUGUCUCAACCUCUUCAGAGUCAGAACAAGAACAUCUCUUCGAUGACAAGGCAACUUCCCGUUUGGUACGCAAGAUCGACCUGCGACUGCUGCCUUUCCUUGCCCUGCUGUACCUGUUGAGUUUCCUCGACCGUACAAACAUCGGUAACGCACGUCUGGCUGGCCUCGAGAAGAGUCUUCGCAUGGAGGGGCUGGACUACAACAUACCCUCUAACAUGAUGAUGAAACGUACUCGUCCGGCACUCUGGAUCCCUUUCAUUAUGGUUCUAUGGGGUAUUACCACAACCCUUCUCGGUGUUGUAAAGAAUUACCACGGCUUGCUUGCUGCUCGCGCUGCUCUCGGUCUUGCCGAGGGUGGUCUGUUCCCUGACAUCACCAUGUGGUACCGUCGCCACGAAUGCGGUCUUCGCAUGGCCAUCUUCUUCAGUGCUGCAACCGCCGCUGGCGCCUUUGGCGGCCUUCUUGCUCGCGGUAUCAUCGAAAUGGAUGGCAUGGGCAACCUCCACGGAUGGCAGUGGAUUUUCAUCCUUGAAGGUCUCCUUACCUUCAUUGUUGCAAUUGUCGCCUUCUUCUACAUGAACGACUACCCCCAGACCGCCAAAUUCCUAAACGAGACCGAGAAGAAGGAGAUUUCUCGCCGCCUGGAAGAAGACCGUAGCUCGCUUGCAGACGAGUACGGCACCAAGUACUUCAUGCACGCCGUCAAGGACUGGAAGAUCUGGGUCCACAUGUUCAUCACCUUCGGCAUCUACACCCCUCUCUACAGUUUCUCUCUCUUCCUGCCCACCAUUGUCAAGACUCUUGGCUACAGCAACGAGAAGGCGCAGCUCAUGAGUGUUCCUCCUUACAUCGUUGCUUGCUUCUGCUGUAUUACGGGUGGAUACUUUGCUGACAAGCUGCGUACUCGCGGUAUCUUCAUGAUCGGUUUCACUCUUACCGCCAUGCUUGGUGUCAUUCUCCAAAUCUCAUCCGACAACCCUCACGUCAAGUACGCCGGUGUCUUCCUCUUCGCUUGUGGUAUCUAUCCCAACGUCCCUCAGGGUGUCGCUUGGAACGGUAACAACAUCGGCGGUUCUACCAAGCGUGGUGUUGGUAUUGCCAUGCACGUUGGUUUCGGUAACCUCGGCGGUAUCCUUGCCUCCUUCGUCUACCUCAAGAAGGACUCGCCCAAGUUCCACACUGGUCACUUCAUCCUUCUUGGCUUGAUGAGCAUGUCUUUGAUCCUCCAGAUCCUCAUGACCAUCUACCUUCGCCGCGAGAACGCUCGUAGAGAUGCAGAGUACAAGCGUCCCGAAGACUACACUACCGAGGAGAAGGUCCUCGAGCGCGAGCGCGGUGACAACGCCAGUUUCUUCCGCUACACUGUUUAA